AUGGUAAAACUUGCAAACCCUCUGUACACGGAGUGGAUUCUCGAAGCAAUACAGAAAAUCAAAAGGCAAAAGCAGAGGCCGUCGGAGGAGAGAAUUUGCCAUGCGGUGGCUACGUCGCACGGACUGGACAAGAAGACCGUCCUUGAGCAGUUGGGAUUAAGUGUUCACGAUGGCUCUAUUCUCAAGGUUACAAAUAAAGGGAGCACCUCCUACAAGGACCCGGGAAAUCCCGGAAGAGUUGGAUCAAUCCCACCCGCAAACGUGUCUGUGCCAUCAAAGGAAUCUAUAUGGAAUUCAAGCGAUCUGCGCCAUAUCGAUUGGAAUAAAAUACUUAACAGGGCCAUUGAGGGCCUGGAUGAUAACCACGGCUCCUCGCUGAAAAACAUCGAGAGGUAUCUGAGGAACCAGGACGACCUCUCAAACAUUGUGGAUAACCCUGCUUUCCGGCAGAGGUUACGGCUGGCGGCCAAGCGGUCGGUUAACAACGGCAGGUUGUCAAAAAAUGGCCCCCGGUACAAGCUCAGCCAUGGCGGUGUUGAUCCAAGGGGCUCCAGGUGUCCAACUACGUCCCCCUUGGUCCUGACGUCAGUGACACUACUCCCCCAUGAACGAGACCAGCUCCGGGUCGACCCUAUCCCAAUAUGCAGUUUCUGUCUUGGAACGAAAGAGUCAAAUCGGGACAAGCGGCCAGAAGAGCUGCUGUCCUGUGCAGACUGUGGGAGCAGUGGGCAUCCAUCAUGUCUGAAGUUUUCUCCCGAAUUAACCUCAAAUGUGAAGAGAUUACGGUGGCAGUGUAUCGAAUGCAAAACCUGCAGUUCCUGUCGAAUACAGGGGAAAAAUGCUGAUGAGAUGCUAUUCUGCGAUUCAUGUGAUCGGGGCUUUCACAUGGAAUGCUGCGACCCACCGCUUUCAAGAAUGCCAAAAGGAACCUGGAUCUGCCAAGUAUGCAGGCCAAAGGAGAACGGGAGAAAACUGCUGCACCAGAAAGCCGAUCAGAUCAAACGUCGAUAUGCAAAGCCAAUCGGAAGGCCCAGAAAUAAGCUCAAACAAAGAAUCUCUGUAACCAGUGGUGACGGCUGCAUGGUAGCACUUGGAGGAAGGGGGUCACCUGGUAGGGGUCAAAAGAUUACCGUCUGUUCCACACCUUCAUCUGGUCAUGCUGCAUCUGUGAAGGACGCCAGAGACAGAUUGGCUGUUGCAGACCCCUGUUGUGCGGUCAACGCCACCCAAUUCACCACUUCCACCCCCACCACCACCACUCUACCCCUCACGCCCACCUCCACCCCAGCUACACUCACCGUUAACAAGAAAACCAAAGGGCUUAUCGAUGGGCUUUCCAAAUUCUUUACCCCUUCUCCCGUGGGCCGUCGCUCGCGAGCUGUAACCGUCGAGUCUCCCGCCAAACAGUUAAGCUCUCGAGACAAGGGUGCGCCCAAACUGUCCAAGCCCCCAGAGCUCUUUACCUUCGCUGCUGACGCCACGCAAAUGAUAACCCUCUCGUCCUCUGCACUUCCUCCGGCACCUACGCUGCCGGGAUUUAGCCCCCCCUCGCAGGUGUCCAGCAGCUCCACUUCGGCUAACUCGCCCCAGAGCUCUUCCAGCCAGUCUAGUGUUCCUUCCCUGAGUAGUCUCUGUAAUAGCAGCCAACUGAAGGGACUAUUUGACGGACUUUCUCACAUUUAUACUACUCAGGGACAGUCGCGGAAAAAGAGACUACCUUGCUAUGCGCCUCCUAAGCGCAUGCAUCAUAAGCAGGAUUCACCUGACGCAUCCAAAACGGGGCCCCAGCCUCUUGGAAAGAACGAGUUUACUAAAAAUAGGUUACACUCCACAUCUGCGGGGCCGGGCCGACCCAGAGGACACCCAUUUAAGAUGGUCAGUCGUUUCAAACGUAACCCCUUCCUUAAAAAGCACAGGACACUAGGCAGGCUGAGGUAUAAAGUGAGCCCUCAGAAGGGACCCCCCUCGCCAGGAAAGGGAGACUUGACAGACGGAAGAAUUAAGCCUGAGAAUAAUCAUGGCCACAACGGGGACCUGCACGUGAAGCAGGAGGCCCAGACGGACUUUGCGGCCAUGUCGAGAGACCACGUCAAAGAGGAGGACAUAGAGACGUUCAAGUGUGUCCAGGAACUCGCCGCACAGAGAACUGGAUCUUUGAUGAACACAGACUCCCUGCGUUGCCCUGCCGUUAUUGAAUUUGGGAAGUAUGAGAUUCAAACCUGGUAUUCGUCGCCUUACCCACCUGAAUAUUCAAGAUUACAAAAGCUUUAUCUGUGCGAGUUCUGUCUGAAGUACAUGAGAAGCAAAAACAUUCUCCAGAGGCACACAAAGAAGUGUGGCUGGUUCCACCCGCCAGCCAAUGAAAUCUACAGAAAGGACAACCUCUCUGUAUUUGAGGUUGAUGGAAAUGUCAGCAAACUAUUCUGCCAAAACCUCUGCCUGUUAGCCAAGCUUUUCCUGGAUCACAAGACCUUGUAUUAUGAUGUGGAGCCGUUCCUCUUCUACAUACUUACAAAGAAUGAUGAGAAAGGCUGUCAUCUUGUGGGCUAUUUCUCCAAGGAAAAGCUUUGCCAGCAGAAGUACAAUGUCUCCUGCAUAAUGAUCAUGCCUCAGUACCAAAGGCAAGGAUUUGGAAGGUUCCUUAUUGAUUUCAGUUACCUUCUCACCAGGCAAGAAGGACAAGCCGGCUCCCCGGAGAAGCCGCUGUCAGAUCUGGGUCGCUUAUCUUACCUGGCAUAUUGGAAAAGUGUCAUACUGGAGUACCUUUAUAAGCACCCUGAUAAACACAUCAGUGUUAAAGGAAUAAGCAGGGCCACUGGGAUGUGUCCGCACGACAUCGCCGCUACUCUCCAGCAGCUCGGGAUGAUUGACAGACAGGAUGGCAGGAUUGUAUUGAUCAGAAGAGAGCGGCUGAUUCAGAGGCACAUGGAGAGGCAGAGGGCGAACCCACGUCACAACGAGGUGGACCCCGAUGCCCUACGCUGGACACCCUCCACGAGUAUCAACGCUGUCCUGUCCGAGGAGGAGAGGGAGGCAGAAAUGGAUGCUGAGCGGCUGAAGGAGCAGGCCAGUUGCUGGGAGAAGGAGGAGAGAGAGGGCUACAUGAUGACUCACGGUAGCAGACAGCCUCUCACAAAGGUCCACUGUAAGGUCCCCUACAGGACGUAUGAACGCCGCCCCGCGCCUCCCUGGACCAGACGCAUCCAGCAGUUGCAGGAAGUCAGCGAUGAUGAAGCGGAUGAUGACGACAACGACGAGGAUGACUCCGACGGCUCAGAUGGCUCACCACCCAUCCUGACAAAAGCCCAUGCGAUGCUCGCAGCCAAGAGAAAGAGAACCAUUGUCCUCAAGAAGAGAGGGCGUAAGAGAAAGAGAAUAAACAGCAGCGUAACAACAGAAACCAUCUCUGAGACGACUGAGGUGCUGAACGAGCCCUUCGACAACUCAGAGGAUGAGCGCCCUAUGCCCCUGCUGGAGCGGACCUGCAGAGUGGGCGAGAGAGAGGAAGAAGAAGAGGAGGAACAGGAAGAGAAGCAGCCAAUAAUGCCAAUAAAACGGCGGCGAGGUCGCCCGAGGCUGGAGAAAAAUGCACGGAAAGACAAUCGUGAACACUGGAAUGAAGGAGCUGACGUCCUCUCUAAGAGACCCGGCAGACCCCGUCCGGUGAAACGGAAGAAAGGCUGGCCCAAAGGAGUGAAACGUGGCCCUCCCAAAUGGAGACUAAAGAAUGAACGAAAGAUGGGCUUUAAGCUCAACCUUUACACGCCCCCUGAAACCCCAAUGGAAGCGGAGCAGCACCACAUUCAGACUGAAGAAGCAAAAGAUGAACCAGACCAGGAUGUUGCCGGCACAGAGAAGGGCAGCAAAGCUGGCAGAGGCGUGGCCAGUCCAGAUAUAAUGUCAGAGAGGCUCCCCUCUGAGCCCUCGAGUCCCGCUGACCAUGCCUCUCAGAAGUCAAGCUCCCCUGAGGGAUCACCCGUCGCCUCGCCGGUCUGCUCACCUGCCGCUUCACCUGGCCCCUUCUCCCCCCGGCCUGACGACAGAGGGGAUUCCCCAGAACCACCCGAAGACGACCAGCAGGAGAGUGAACACGAGCAGGAGUUCCCAGCCAAAGAUGCGGAACACAGCACACAGGCUGCUGUAGCACUGGAGAAUGACAACGAGGAGGAUGAGGAGGAGGACGAGCAGAGAACUCAAAUGGAGGAUCAGGAUGCGGAUGAUGAAGAAGACAGUCACACUAAGAGAGAGACUGCAGCACCUGAGAGCAGCAAAGCAGAGUUGGAGCAGAGUUGGAAAGAGAUACCUGAAUGCCCCCCACCUUUUUUAGAUCCAAAAGAAGACAAUGACUCUGAGCUGAGUCAGCAGGUUUCUACAGUAAAAUGUAGUGAUGAGGAACAAGCUACCGCUGCAGAAAGCAACCAGGAGGCAGUGACUGACACAACAGUAGCAACACCACCAUCUGAAGCAGUAGCAGUUGCUCCAGUAGCAGCCGUAGACUCUGAUAACCCUGUGGACUCUGAGUCAGAGGAAGAGAACGCGCCGAGCCCUUGUCCGGAUCACCCACCUUCUCAGACCGCAGAGAGGCAGACGCUCAGCCCCGUGCUGAGGGAGGAUCCCCCAAUCUGCGCUGAGAUUGACUCAGAGACGGCCCAAGCUGUUCAGUCCCUGACGCAGGAGACUGAACGGGAGGCUGUUUUCCAAGAGUGUGUGGAGAGCCAGGAGCCCUGCAGGAGCCUGCAGACCUACACCCACGUGGCCCAGAGCCCCCAGCUCACCUCGCUGGAUGACUGCCCUCAGUCAGACCACAGCAGCCCCCUUUCCUCCGCGCAGUCCCAUCCUAGUCAGUCAGUGCGCUCUGUAAACAGCCCGGCUGUCUCCAUCCUGGAGAGCGGCUACACUCAGAUCAGCCCCGACCACAGUGCCAUCUCAGUGCCCUCGCUCCACAACAUGGAGACGAGCCCCAUGAUGGAUGUGCCAUCCGUCUCAGAUCACUCGCAGCAGGUGGUGGACAGUGGCUUCAGUGAUCUGGGCAGCAUCGAGAGCACCACAGAGAACUACGAGAACCCCAGUAGCUACGACUCAACCAUGGGGGGCAGCAUCUGUGGGGCAGGCCCCUCCCAGAACAGCUGCUCCUAUGGCAGCAUCCCCCCCAGUGGCCUGGCCCAAAGCAGCUGUGCCGUGAGCCAGCAAAUGGCUGCAGUCAACCCCGGCAGCUGCGGCAUGAUUCAGCAGAACAGCCUGAGCUCGCCGCCGCACUGCAACGUCAAGUCGCCACAGGGCUGCGUGGUGGUGGAGAGGCCUCCCAGCAACAGCCAGCACAGUCAACACAGCCAGCGCAGCCAGCACAGUCAACACAACUCCCACAGCAGGCACGGCCCACACAAUCAGCACAGCCAACACAAUCAGCAUGGUCCACACAAUCAACUCAGCCAGCACAGUCAACACAAUCCCCACAACCAGCAUAGUCACCACCACAAUCACCACCUGCAGCACAAUCAGCUCAGCCAGCACAAUCAGCACCCUCAGCAUAGUCUUCACAAUCAACACAGUCAGCACAGCCAGCAGCAGCCCAUGGCACAGUGCGCCAUCCCCACCAACUUCACCACAACCAUGCAGCUGGCAGACAUCCCUGAAUCUGGCAACCCAAACUUCGCCCUCUACGAGAGGAUCAACCACCAGGGGGAGUACGGCAGCGGGCACUACUCUCAGUCGUCUGGCCUGAGUCUGGCCAAACUGCAGCAGUUCACCAACACGUUCAUCGACCACCCUCACCCGCUGCCUUUCAACCACUCGGCCUCACACCCCAUAACAUCUUAUGCAAACACGCCCUCGCUCUCAUCGCAGCACUCCAGCCUGAUCUCCUUGUCCCAGACCCCACAUCGAGUCCCCAACCCACAGGUGCAGGCCACCAUGACCCCUCCCCCAAACCUCAGCUCCCCGCCGCCCAUGAUGCUCCAGCGCAACAUGGGCAUCUCGCCCUCGCAGCGGAUCCAGCCCCAAAUGGCCUCGAAGAGUCACAUCUCUGCACGCUCCAAGUCUGCCCCACUGUCGCACCACCAGCAGCAGAUGUACGCCAGACCGCCACAGACUGUGGCCAUGCAGGCGCCAUCCAGGACGCUGGCCACCAUGCCACGCAUGAACAUCAUGCCAGCGCCAGGGUACAAUGUCAACUCCAUGAACAUGUCCUCCCUCAACGCCAUGAAUGGCUACAGCAUGAGCCAGCCCAUGAUGAACAGUGGCUACCAUGGCAACCAUGCCUAUAUGAACCAGUCACCCCAGUACUCUAUGCAGAUGGGCAUGAUGGGAACACAGCCAUACCCCCAGCAGCCCAUGCAGGCUCCACCACAUGGCAACAUGGUGUACACUCCAGCUGGUCACCAUGGUUACAUGAACACAGGCAUGUCCAAGCAGUCCCUGAAAGGGCCGUUCAUGAGGCGGUAACUCUCCGCAGGACCAAGCUGGUUCCUCUCACGUGCAUUUUGCUGUUUAAAGAUGCACUGAUCUGGCCUUGUUUUAUUUUAAUUUUUAAUUUUUGUUUAUUACUUAAAAACCAGCAGCAGCACUUGGAAAGAAUGCAAAAUUUUUUCAUCGAUGAGUCAACUUUGAAGCUAAUGUUUAAAAAGUAUUUUUGUUCCUCCAGAUGGGAAGCCUUACAUCAUUACGAUGAAAAUCUAUUUAAUUAGUGUUAGUGUCUCUGAUGUGUCUUUUAGAGUUGGGCGGGUUCGGAUCUCAGACGUAGAGAUUUCAUCAGUGCUCUUGCAGUCGUGUAGCAGCCUCAAAUGAAGCCAUUUAAUGUGCCUGCUACAAGUGGAGUUAGUGGCUGUUUGAACCUGUUCAGUGUACCUGUCUAACAGUGCUGGCAAUUAGUUUGUACUAUACUCAUGCCUUUGUAUAUUUAAAUUAUUGUACUUAUUUUGUAAAGUGACAACUAGCAUGCUUCAGUCUCUGUUAGUGACAGUGCAUUGAGUAGUACUGUACAAGUGUUGUGCUUAAUAGCAAGCCAUUUUAAAGAUAUCUGGCCUUUAUUAGGUUUCCCUCCACGGGGAGAAAGAUGAAACUAUAUUUUGUUAAUUCUAAUAAUGUAAAGAAAUGUAAACUUAGUCCUGUUUUCUGUUCUGGUUUGAGAGGUUUUAUUGCUAUGUAUGUAUAAUUCUGAAGUCUUUUUGUAACAGAUCUCCUUGAGGCAGCUUUCUGUUUAAUAAAGCAGACUGAUUUCUGUCAAAAAUAACAAAGCAUAUCUCAGUGUUUGUACCCAGAAAGAUUCUAAAACAUUUCAAAAUGUCCAGAAGUGUGGCAGAAUUUAAAAAGAACUAAAUGAUUAUAACGAAAAAUAACGAGAAAGAAAAUAUAAAUUUAGUCCAAAGUUGAUAUUUUACAUAAUGCCUUUAAAAGCUACGUUUUCAUUCCAUCUGUAGAUUUGUUUUCUAUCUUUAUAAAAUGUUGGAUUUAUAUUUUACCGAAGUGUAGAAGAAUAGCGCCUGUGAAUAGACCAAACUAAGCUAAUGGAUUGCAUGUAAAACGCAACUUGUACUUGUGUUUUUGUUUAUAUUGCUCUUUUGUAGCCUUUGUACCUGUACAGAGUUGCUGGUAAGAAACGGGGGGGAAAUACCUGGCUAUGUGCACAAAAAUGGGACAGAAUGACAUUCUUGUAUUUAUGACUUUUCUCCUUUUGUCAGUCACUUCAAAUGCUGUACAUUUUAGCAUAAGAAUAAAUUAUGAUUGACCAUGUA